AUGGCGGAACAUCUCUCUCUCCUCCCUCCUCCUCCUCCUCCCUACCUAACCACAGAAGUCACGGCCAUGGACAGCGCAGAUAUGGCUGCGUUUUUGAUUGAGAGGACACGGAUAUCGGUGACGAUCAGGAUGGUGGAUAUCGCAGCCUGUACAAUGUUCGUUUUCGAUUAUUUCCUUACGCUGGGCAUGGAGAUCGACUACGUCUGGCCCGGGAAGUGGACGCCCAUCAAGAUCAUUUUUUUCAUCCAGCGUUACCUUCCGUUCAUCGAUAGCGUAGGGUUAGGCCUCUAUCAGGAAUUUGGAAUGAAUCUCAGUCCCACGACUUGCCACCUCCUCAAUAAUGCUGGAAAAUCGCUGAUCUUUAUCGGAUUGGCGUUUUCAGAAGUUAUUCUUACGUUCCGAGUAUGGGCAGUAUGGAACCGCACGAAGAUCCUCACGAUAUUGCUCCCUAUCCUCUUCGCGGCUUGCUGGAUCCCUCACAUCACCGUUAUUUAUAAAUUUCUCAAGACCUUGCGUUUCAUCCAAGCACCAAUACCGGGUUUUGAAGGCUGUUUUUUCGUCGACGCUGGCUCGAAUAUCGUCGUUAGUUGGGCGCUUCUCUUGGUCUGGGACACACUAAUGCUCGUCAUGAUGGUCAUUCCUGCCCUUAAAGCUUACCACUUCAGAGGACACUCUGCCUUGUACAGCACACUCUAUGGAGACGGCAUCAUCUACUAUUUCUAUCUCUUCAUCAUGUCGAUGGCCAACAUCGUUCUCCACCGCCUAGAAUCCGUCGACGUCGUAUACCGUUUCCUGGCCGUUGUCAUGGCACGCUGCGUUCACUCCAUGCUCACAAGCCGGGCUCUCCUUCAUAUCCGAGCGCGAAUGUCGGAAGGUCAACAACACCAGAUCCCACAUAUCCCUUCGUCAGAUGAUCCCGUCUAUCCCUUGCCGACGAAACGUCCUGGACACUGGUAG